CCUAAGCUCUUUAUCACAAAGAAAAAGUGGGAGGUGGGAGCACAUUCGGCAAAAGAAGGAGGUAAAAACGUAAAAGUAAACAACGAAGUUUAAAAGGGAGGAACGGGAAAGGAAAGUUUAAUAAGAGGUCAAAGCCAUUUGACAGACCUCGCAAGACAACUUCAGUUGUGCGAGCACAAUUCAAGAUUGCUCAAUCAAAAUGUGCACAAAAAUCACUUCCGUCACAUGCAAAGACAUCCGCUUCCCAACAUCUUUGAAUGCUCAUGGUUCAGAUGCUAUGCACACAGACCCUGAUUACUCAUGUGCCUACGUAGUUAUCGAAACUGGAAGUGGCCACCAUGGCUAUGGACUGACUUUUACUAUAGGCAGAGGGACUGAAAUUGUUGUUCAGGCCGUCAAAUCAUUGUCGUACCUUGUCUUGGGCAAAACUACAAGUGAAAUUUAUGGCAAGUUUGGAAAUUUCUGGAGAACGCUGACAAGCGAAUCUCAGCUUCGAUGGCUGGGCCCUGAGAAAGGUGUGGUGCACUUGGCAGUAGCGGCAAUUGUGAACGCCCUUUGGGACCUUUGGGCUCGGAUUGAAAACAAGCCGGUGUGGAAACUGCUUGUGGAUUUGACUCCGGAACAACUCCUGUCGACAAUUGAUUUCAGAUACAUCACUGAUGUUAUAUCUCAAGAAGAGGCCCUUCAAAUUUUGUACAGUAUGAGGGACACAACAGCAAAACGAGAAGAGGAGAUGAAAACUCAUGGAUAUCCUGCAUACACCACUCAAGCUGGCUGGCUUGGUUAUUCAUCCGAGAUAGUGACAAAGCAGUGCCUUGAUCUGAUGCAAAAGGGAUUCACCGCUUUCAAAAUUAAAGUUGGACAGGACCUCCAGAGUGACAUUGAAAGGUGCAGAAUUGUUCGCGAAGUAAUUGGCGACGAUAACAUUUUGAUGGUUGAUGCAAAUCAGCGCUGGGAGGUUCAAGAGGCGAUCGAAUGGACGAAAAAUCUUGCCCAGUUCAAACCCUUGUGGAUAGAGGAGCCGACAUCCCCAGACGACAUCCUGGGCCACGCAACUAUUGCUAAAGCUCUGAAGUCGGUUAAUAUCGGCGUUGCGACAGGAGAAAUGUGCUGCAACCGAGUCAUGUUCAAACAAUUUUUGCAAGCAAAUGCAUUGCAGUUUUGCCAAAUUGAUUCCUGCCGCGUCGGAGGAAUAAAUGAGAUACUGGCCAUCCUUCUCAUGGCUCGGAAGUUUAAUAUAAAAGUUUGUCCCCACGCUGGAGGUGUAGGCCUGUGCGAAAUGGUGCAACACUUGCAAAUUUUUGAUUACAUUGCAAUCACCGGCAGCAAAGACGGGCGCUUCAUUGAGCAUGUAGCUGAGCAGCAUGAGCACUUUGAGGACCCGUGCAUUUUGAAUGAUAAGGCUUGCUACAUUGCUCCGUCGGCCCCUGGGUACAGCACAAAGUUCAACGAAGAUGUUUUGGAAAACUACGAGUUCCCAAGUGGAAAAGUUUGGGUAAAGCUCUUUUCGGAGGGUGUUUUUAAAAUUGAUUGAAAAUAAAGAAACAAAUUUUUACUGAUAUAAUAAUAAACUUUUGUAUUAACUUAAAUAGCAAAGAGUCUCAAAUCACAAUAAAACAA